AUGACAGGCUACGGGGUUUUCUGGCUUGGUUUGCUGUUUAUAAGCGGGCGUGCGAGUGCCGUCAGAUCCGUGUCUUUUAUCUACGAUGAACCUACAGAGACGGACUUGCUCCAGGCGAUCAAGAUCCCGUUCGAGGACAAGAACCUCUUUUUCGUGAGCGGUACCGACGGGUUCCCGGCUAUGGGGAUAAAGCCCGGCUCGGACGUCAAAGUACCCCACCGACUCUACGUCCCUGAGAGGUUUUACUCAGAGUUUUCCAUACAUUUCAUACUACGGAUCGAAAGGCCAGAUGGCGGAGGAUUCCUGUUCGCCAUAGUCAACCCGCUCGAAACUAUCGUGCAAUUCGGCGUUUCGGUCAAAUUGAUCGACCAAAAUUGGAGCAACGUGACCCUAUACUACACGGACAUCAACGUCAGCGGACAUUACACGUCGAACGUGCUCGCUUCGUUCAAGUUGGAGACGAUUUUUUCGAAGUUCACCCCGGUGACGAUCUCCGUUCGCGACUUCGCCGUCGACAUCGCUCUCAACUGCGUCCACCAGGAAGAGGUGAAGGUGAAUAAGAUACCCAAGGAGCUCAACUUCGACGCGGCAUCGACGCUGUACAUCGGUCAGGCCGGUCCCAUCAUCAAAGAGCCGCUACACGUAAGUAGAAAAAAAAUCAGUUAAAAUUCGACAGAGCAU